GCUACGAGUGGAUGCUCGGCUGUCGCGGCGGUAUAUGCUACACGCGCGAGGUGUACCUGACACCAUCGCCAGCAGCGUAGCUGGCGUGCCGAUGCGAUGAUGGGGGCGAGUGGAUGAGGGAGAGUUCAAUGGGAGGAAAUUUGGCUGGUCGAGGUCGUGAGCAAAUGGGGGAUGGAGAGGUCGGAUGGAGAGGAUGGAUGUUUGGCUGCGCAUCCGCCCUCGCGCGUGCAGGCAAGCUACGUGGCAAUCAACAUCCUACCCGCCUUGCGUUUGCGGGCCGGCAUAAGGGCGGGUAGGCGGACGACGUGCCCAGCUCGUUGGUGACAAAGAUGAUGCUCAUGGGGAUAUAAAGAUGA